AUGGAUUUAAAAGGGUUUUCAGAAGCCUCUAAGACACAUUACAUUGUUGUCCCACCCCCACUAAAUAACACUGAUGAUAUAAAUGUUGUUAAUCAUCAAUCAUUAAAUAAUUCGAUCCCGUUUGUGCCUUUGUUAAAUGGUAAAGAAUCUAUUGAUGCCUUAACCAAAAGAUGGGAAUUAUACAAUGCUUUGAAUUGUCAAUUUCACAGUAAAAUAGAUAAUUUGCUUACACAAACAAAUCAGAUUGUCUACGAAAAAAUAUACAAAAUAUUGUCUUCCAAAAAUACUACAACUUCAAAGGGAAUUUUCACGUCCCUUUUUUUAUUGGGAUCAGAUAGCAAUUUGAACAUACCAUCUCCCGCCGACACGGAAAAUAAAAUCAAUGUAAUUGUCAGUUUGACACCAAAAGAAUCGCCAAAUGUGAGGAUGAUGAUAAAAAGAUCCAUGUUUGAGUUACUAGCAAUCGCUAGUGAAAGAAUAGAUCCUAUGACUUAUAACGUCAGUGAAAACUUGAAGGAAAUCACUUUAUUGGGUGUAGAAUAUGAUUUAUCGCUUUUGAAAAAUUUCAAAAACAUUUUGAAAAAGGAUCUAAAAUUGAUUUAUAAUUUCAAAGAAGCAGACUCUUUUAGUUUCCAAGUUAUGGACGAUUUUUUGCAAAUUUUGAAAACAAUGACUACAUAUGAUGGAAUUGAGGUGGGGGCUAUCUUCCACGUUAGCACCAACCUGACUAAUAUAGAAAAAAACUUAAGACAAAAAAGUAUUCGACUAAUAAAAAAGAAUAUGCAUUGCGUUGACUUAAGUAAGAACAAGAAUUUUGAACUAACCAAUAAAAUUUUUGAAACUUUUUUAAUAACUGUGGAUGGAAAAUUACAUUUAUCGUCAUCUCUACUGUCGUUCACUUUGGACAAAAUGGCAAAUUGUGAUAGUAAGAAUAAGUUAGUCGACACAUUAAUCAAAAUAUUAGAUUAUUCGUUAAUGUUCUAUUUUUUUAACACCUCAUUUAGUAUAUUUGUUGAUAUUCCCAAUUUGGUUUUUUUUAACGAAAAUUAUGUUAAAGAAUUGGUCAAAUGUAAAACUUUUCAAAAGUUUAUUGAAAAGUUGGUAGAAACCCACGAACCCUCUGAGAACAUUUUGGAUUUGCUAGAGAACAAGCACAAUGCAUUAGAAGACUUUUUUGCAAAACUUUUAAUCAGCCAAAAUCCUAGAACAGAAUAUUUGUUUAAAGUUAAAAAUAUCCUAGAAACUGAAUUGCAUAUCACCAAUUAUAACCUGAUUGAAAUUUAUUAUAAUUUACUUUUGCAAAAUAAUAAGGGUGAAAAUAAAAUACUUGAUUAUUUAGUACACAAUUGGCCAGAGUGUGCAAAUUUUGAAGAAAAGUUGGCCUUUCCUAACGUGGAAAUUAUUUGUCAAGAGUUGUUUAUGCUGGACAAUAAAAGUGAUUUACUUUCGGAAAAUUUAUUCCCUAAAAUGAGGAGCAACAUAGAGGAUGAUCUUUUAUCGUGUGAUAGAUUGAUUCCAUCAAUAAAAGUCCUUGGUUUAGAUACAAAUGAUGAAAAUUUAUUUUCACUUUCACAUGUCAUGGAUCCACCAUCGACUUAUUUUUUCAGCUUAUAUAGAGAGGCCAGUGCAUUUUUCAAUAUCUAUGAUUUUUAUGUUGCAUUUAAAACGUGUCUGCCCAAGGAUGUUAUUUUAAAAUAUAUUAUGAGUCACAUUAAUAAUUAUAAAGAUAAUGAGGACUAUAAUGAUGCUACUUAUCUUCAAAUAGAUAUAUUAAAAAAUUUUCUUGAGGAAAAUAAUAACGAUAAAGAAUUAUUUUUUGACAAAUUGGCUUUAAUUUGGUUUAUUCAAUGUGUAACUGAAUUUAAAUACAUGGGUAUAAUAAAAGAUGAAGCAAAUACUAGAAAGUCUUUGUCCGGUAUUUUAGAAAAACAAAUCUGGAGAGGUAUAUGA